CAGAGAAGGCGGAAGUAGGGCCGUCCGCGGCUGGGGCUGGGGCUCCGGGCGGCCCGGGGUCGCGGCCGAAGAGGCCUUCGGGUGGAGAGAUUCGCGUGCAGGCAGUCUCAGCUCGGAGUGAGGAGUCUUGGCGGAGCGGAGUCGUGCGGCCGGGUGGAGUCGGCGGCCCAGCGGACGGGAGCGAGCGGUUGAUAAUUACGUUACUAUGAGUCUGCUAAACUGUGAAAACAGCUGCGGAUCCAGCCAGUCUGAGAGGGACUGCUGUGCCGCCAUGGCCAGCUCCUGUAGCGCUGUGGCGAAAGAUGACAGUGUGAGUGGAACCGCCAGCACGGGGAACCUCUCCAACUCUUUCAUGGAAGAGACCCAGGGGUAUGACGUGGAGUUUGACCCGCCCCUGGAGAGCAAGUAUGAGUGCCCCAUCUGCCUGAUGGCUCUCCGGGAGGCAGUGCAGACACCGUGCGGCCACAGGUUCUGCAGAGCUUGCAUCAUCAAAUCAAUAAGGGAUGCAGGUCACAAAUGUCCAGUUGACAAUGAAAUACUGCUGGAAAAUCAACUAUUUCCUGACAAUUUUGCAAAACGAGAGAUUCUUUCUCUGAUGGUGAAAUGUCCAAAUGAAGGUUGUUUGCACAAGAUGGAACUGAGGCAUCUUGAGGAUCACCAAGCACAUUGUGAAUUUGCUCUUAUGAAUUGUCCUCAGUGCCAGCGUCCCUUCCAAAAAUGCCAACUUAAUAUUCACAUUCUCAAGGAGUGUCCAAGGAGACAGGUUUCUUGUGUAAACUGUGCUGCAUUGAUGGCAUUUGAAGAUAAAGAGAUCCACGACCAGAACUGUCCUUUGGCAAAUGUCAUCUGUGAAUACUGCAAUACCAUGCUCAUCAGAGAACAGAUGCCUAAUCAUUACGACCUGGACUGUCCUACAGCCCCAAUUCCAUGCACAUUCAGUACUUUUGGUUGCCAUGUAAAGAUGCAGAGGAAUCACUUGGCACGCCACCUGCAAGAGAAUACCCAGUCGCACAUGAGAAUGUUGGCCCAGGCUGUUCAGAGUUUAAGCCUUGCGUUACCUCCUGUACCUCAGUGUGAUAUGCCUCCAUACGAUUCUUCCUCUGCGUCCCGGGUUUCCACUGGGUGUCACCCAGAGGUCCAGAAUUUCCAAGAAACCAUUCAGCAGUUAGAGGGUCGCCUUGUAAGACAAGACCAUCAAAUCCGAGAGCUAAUUGCUAAAAUGGAAACUCAGAGCAUGUACGUAAGUGAGCUCAAACAAACGAUUCGAACCCUUGAGGACAAAGUUGUUGAAAUAGAAGCACAGCAGUGCAAUGGGAUUUACAUCUGGAAGAUUGGCAACUUUGGGAUGCAUUUGAAAUCUCAAGAAGAGGAGAAACCUGUUGUCAUUCAUAGCCCUGGAUUCUACACAGGCAAACCCGGGUACAAACUGUGCAUGCGCCUGCACCUUCAGUUACCGUCGGCUCAGCGCUGUGCUAAUUACAUAUCCCUCUUUGUGCACACAAUGCAAGGAGAGUAUGACAGCCACCUCCCUUGGCCCUUCCAGGGUACAAUCCGCCUUACAAUUCUUGAUCAGUCUGAGGCACCUAUAAGGCAAAACCAUGAAGAGAUCAUGGAUGCCAAACCAGAGCUGCUUGCCUUCCAGAGACCCACAAUCCCACGGAACCCAAAAGGUUUUGGCUAUGUGACUUUUAUGCAUCUGGAAGCCCUGAGACAGAGAACCUUCAUUAAGGACGAUACUUUAUUAGUGCGCUGUGAGGUCUCUACCCGCUUUGACAUGGGUAGUCUCCGGAGGGAGGGUUUUCAGCCACGAAGUACUGAUUCAGGGAUGUAGCAUCCCUGCAUGUGUUUAAAAAAAAAAAAAAAAAAAAAAGCCGUCUGGAGAAAGCCGUCUUUCCUUGCCUUGUUCUCAAUAAUACGCAAACAAAAAAAGAAGUGGAAAGACAUUGUACCCAGCAGCGAAUGCUAUUACUGAGGUCACUUACCGCUUCUUCCCGUUACAGAUCUCGGAAGCGGUUUUUCCCUUGGAACCUACAUGUUCCACAGUUUCACAAAGACUGGAGUGCCUGUGGCAUAUUGCAGCAGCUGUCUGUCUGUCUGUCAGUCAGUAUACCUCUUUGUUGCACUUCAUGGGCUUUUUUUGCUCCAGUGUGUUUUAUUGUCAAAAAGCCCAGGGUUGGAGUAGUAAAGCUCAAACCUUUUAAUAAUAAUGGAUGUUCCUUAAAACUUCAGCUUAUUUUUAUAUUAUAUGUAAUAUAUUAAAUUUGAGAAUCACUACUG